CCCAACCCCGCCUUCUUCCUCUUCCGCCUCGAACUCCUCUUCCUCCCACGAAAUCCCUUUCAAUUCCGCCACCGCUAUAAAUUCCUCAUCUCCUCCUCCUCCUAAUCCCAGAGACCUGUGUACGCGAUCUUGGUUAGCUCCGGCCUUUGAUCUUGACCACCAAUCUCGCAUUUCUUGGAUCUUCUCGUCUUCCUCACUCCUCGAUCGAUCCAUCGAUUGGUUGCUGGUCGGAGACCAUGGUGGCGGCGGCGGUGGCGGCGGCGGAGCAGGUGGUGGCGGCGCUGCGGGAGGAGUGCGCGACGCCGGCGGCGCGGCUGGAUGGGGUGGCGGCGGCGAUGGCCGGCGAGAUGGCGGCGGGGUUGGCGGAGGAGGGCGGCAGCAAGAUCAAGAUGAUCGUUUCCUACGUCGACAACCUCCCCAAUGGGACCGAAGAGGGCUUGUUCUACGCGCUGGAUCUUGGGGGAACAAACUUCCGAGUCCUGCGUGUGCAGCUUGCUGGAAAGGAGAAACGGGUCGUGAAGCGCGAGUCGAGGGAGGUCUCGAUCCCUCCCCAUCUCAUGUCCGGCAACUCCUCGGAGCUGUUUGGCUUCAUCGCUUCCGCGUUAGCCAAGUUCGUCGCUGAUGAAGGACAUAAUGCCGUGUUCAACGACAGGCAAAGGGAACUGGGGUUCACCUUCUCUUUCCCUGUGCGGCAAACAUCGAUUGCGUCUGGGACUCUUAUCAAGUGGACCAAGGCGUUUUCUAUUGAUGAUGCUGUAGGUGAAGAUGUGGUGGCCGAAUUGCAGAUGGCCAUGGAGAAGCAAGGUCUGGACAUGCGCGUUUCCGCAUUGAUCAAUGACACUGUUGGGACAUUGGCGGCAGGCAGCUACUACGACGAAGAUAUUGUCGUCGGUGUGAUCUUAGGCACUGGCUCAAACGCCGCAUAUCUUGAGAAGGCAAAUGCUAUCCCUAAGUUGGAAGGCGAGUUACCAAAAUCAGGAAACAUGGUUAUUAAUACAGAAUGGGGUAACUUCUCCUCAUCCUGUCUUCCAAUAACAGAAUAUGAUGAAGCACUAGAUAAAGAGAGCUUAAACCCUGGAGAGCAGAUCUUCGAGAAAUUGAUUUCAGGAAUGUAUCUAGGUGAAAUCGUAAGGAGAGUGCUUCUUAAAAUAUCUUUGCAGUCUUCAAUUUUUGGCAAUCUAGAUCAGACCAAGCUCAAAACCCGCUUUAUUCUGAGGACUCCUGAUAUUUCCGUGAUGCAUCAUGAUGGAACACCUGAUCUCAGAAUUGUGGCUGAAAAACUUGCAGAUAACCUGAAGAUCACAGACACAUCCUUAGAAACAAGGAAGAUGGUUGUCGAAAUCUGUGACAUCGUCACCCGAAGAUCAGCCCGGCUGGCUGCUGCUGGGAUCGUAGGGAUCCUCAGGAAGAUCGGCAGAGGCGUCCCAGGCGACAAGCGAAAGUCGGUCAUCGCCAUCGAUGGCGGUCUAUAUGAACAUUACACCGAAUUCCGGCAGUGCCUGGAGACCACGCUGACGGAGUUGCUCGGAGAAGAGGCGUCGAAGUCGGUGGCUGUCAAGCUUGCAAACGACGGGUCUGGCCUUGGAGCUGCCCUGAUUGCAGCUGCUCAUUCUCAGUACCUGAAUUGAUUCCCCAUAGACAGAGUUCCAACUUUUAUUAGUGACUCAGUGCUGUUGUUAUAGUUUAUAGAAUGUGGUGAAGUUCUGUAUGUUUCGAAGGAGCCUGAUGGACUCUACAAACAAAAUUUUCAGAAAUGAAAUCGAAGCCAAAUGUGUUGGUGGUGUUGCAAUUUGCAGUAUCUACUCUGAAUUAUUAUAGGAGAAAAUAGUUCUGAACUUUUGUUGUACCGGAUAAAGUAGUUCUGAACUUUGUUGUCGGUUAUUUUUGGUUCAGUACUUACAUCAAUAA